CCCGUCCAUCCAUCCAUACCUGCAACUGAAAGUCUCACACAUCAUCACCCGCAGGCCGCACCGCCCUUUAGCCAUGACCGCUCUCGACUUCAUGCCCGCCGAGAAGGCCCCCCAAGCCGGCACCGUCGCCAUCGAUAACAAUGCCGCCGGUGCCGCCGUGCCGGUGCAGCAGCAGCACAGGAGACUGGAGGGGAAGGUGGCCAUCGUCACGGGCGGGGCGCACGGGAUCGGGGAGGCGAUCGUGCGCGCGUUCGUCCGGCACGGCGCGCGCGUGGUGAUCGCCGACAUCGACGACGCGGCCGGGGAGGCGCUGGCGGCCGCGCUGGGCGGCGCCUGCUGCAGCUACGUGCACUGCGACGUGUCGGUGGAGGCCGACGUGGAGCGCGCCGUCGGGUGCUGCGUGGCGCGGCACGGACGGCUGGACGUCCUCUGCAACAACGCUGGCGUGCUGGGCCGGCAGGCGCCCCCGGCGGGCAACGGCGCCAGGAGCGGCGGCAUCGCGUCCCUGGACGCCGCCGAGUUCGACCGCGUGCUGCGCGUGAACACCCUGGGCGCGGCACUCGGCAUGAAGCACGCGGCGCGGGCCAUGCUGCAGCGCCGCGGCGGCGGCGGCGGCGGGAGCAUCGUGUCGGUGGCGAGCGUGGCGGGCGUGCUCGGCGGGAUGGGCCCGCACGCAUACACGGCGUCGAAGCACGCGCUGGUGGGGCUGACCAAGAACGCGGCCUGCGAGCUCGGGGAGCACGGCAUCCGCGUGAACUGCGUCUCCCCCUUCGGCGUGGCCACGCCAAUGCUGGUGAACGCGUGGCGCCACGGCCACCAUGGCGAGGACGAGGAAGGGGGCGCGCCGGCGCCGGUGAGCGCGGAGGAGGUGGAGAAGACAGAGGAGAUGGUGCGGGGCAUGGCGACGCUCAAGGGCCCGACUCUGAGAGCCGGGGACAUUGCGGAGGCGGCGCUGUUCCUGGCCAGCGACGAGUCGAGGUACGUCUCCGGGCACAACCUCGUGGUCGACGGCGGCGUCACCACCUCCAGGAACGUCAUCGGGCUGUGAUAGAUGGUGAAGUCAAACCGAUUGAGAUGCAGUUGGAGGGUAGUACGUGCUCCAGUGUCACAAUCAAGUACAGCGGGCCAAGCCGCAUGCAUGAACGGUACUUACUACUCCCUCAGUUACAUAAUAUAAGAACGUUUUUGACACUACACUAGGACCAAAAACGCUUUUAUAUUAUGGGACAGAGGAAGUAAUUAAUAGGUUGGCACUAGUGGUAAGUAGGAGUAAUUAGCUGGUGUUUAUUGGGCUUGGCUUCAUGUGAUGAACUAUGGAUUUGUCUGGUUUUUCUUCUUCGCGCUUAAACCGUUGUCGUGCCGCAUGGAGAAUAAUUGUUUAGUUCAGUAAGUAACUAAGAGAAAUACUCCCUCCGUCUAGGUGUGUAAGUGAUGUAGUAGUAUAUUCAUGUUCGGAACCGACACUGCCACACUGUGCAGUUGAGCCGGGGAAAUAUCUGGCAAAGAAUGUUUCAUCGAUGUGUUUGCGAUUAAGUAAAAGAAAAUCAAAAUGUAGUGGAAA